GCGAUCCACCCCAGACAGCGUUUUGUUCUUUUCCCUGUGUUUGUGAGUGAGUUGAUAUCUGACAAAAAAUGGGCGGAGGAGGAGCAAUGAGGUCGGCGGCGGCGAAGAUCGCCGGCAUCGGCAUUUCCAAGGCGGCGCUCCGUCCUUCGGCGCUCCCGACGGAGCAGGCGGUCCACAACGCGUCGAGACCGACAUCGGUUGUCGGAGUGAAGGGGGCGAAAUCCACUGAGGUUGCGCCGCUUCACGCGGCAGCGCCGUGGGACGACUGGGACUUGGCCGACGACGGUGAUUUGGUCGUGCCGAGGAUGGUGUUCGGCUCUGUCCCCACUUUCGCUGAAGCUAAGGAAGCCACCGCAGAAUUGAAGGAUGCUAUUGAUCAAGUAUAUCUUUCUCCUGAGUCCUCUCAAUAUUCAUCUCGUGGUGGUCAAGUCUCUGCUUUGUCUCCUACUGGUGGUCAAGUCUCUGCUUUGUCUCCUACUCUUUAUGAGCCAGUGAACAGAUCUUGUGUAGUUGAUGCUAUUUCAGAUUCUUCAGCGCCAAAGCAUGCCAUUCAGGCUUUUCAUUUGCUUAGCACAAGUCGUGAGGCCCAGGCUGUUGUGGCUUCACUUGCUUGUGACCCAAAUGUAUGGAAUGCAGUCAUGGAAAAUCCUGCUGUCAGUAGUUUCUUCCAAUCACAACAGUCAGUUGUGCUGCAGUGGCUGAUCUUGGAGCAGCAGGAAAUACUGAGGAAUUGGAUAAGUUCUCAAGUUGUACUUCUGAAACAGUUGAAUCCCCUGAAAAAUUGGGAGUGUCAGCUGAGUCUCACCCGGGAAAUGGGAUUUUCGAUUUCAUGGAUCUUCUACAGAAUGUAAAGCUAACCGUUAUUGAAUUGGUAAGUAGGGUGUCUGGUUUCCUUCAGAACAUAUUCCCACCACCUGAUGCUAUGAAAGAGAAGAUGUCUGGUGAUGUUGAUGGGAACACUAAAGCAAGUUUCAUGGAUAGUAAAAUUAGCAUGGGAGGAACCUUCACAGGUUUGGCAAUAAUAGUGAUAAUGGUGAUAGUGACAAAGAGAGCUUAAGACUCUUGGAAGCAAAACUACAAUUUGUUGACUUUUCUGAUCUUUUUAAAACCAUGUAAUCAAGUCUGAACUGUUUUUAAAUUGACGAUGUGUCGCACUCGGUAAUUUAUUUCCAUUAACAUUUGAAAGUCUUAUUGGAUAGUUAUUUAUUUAUUUUUAACUUUUUGUUUA